AUGUCAAAAAAAAAUAAUCAGCCACAGGUAAAUUCCCCAGUUGAUAAGCUAGAGCUGGAGAGUCAGUUUAUAAUUCGGUUUCCGGAGGACCUUGCCAAAAUAGUGCACGAAGCUAUAGAAGCGGAAACCAUCAAUGAGAAACUAAGUAUUCAGCUUGACAACGAUCUGCGAUACGGUGAGGUACACCUAAAUAAUCAGCAGCUGCACGCCAAACUUGUUGAUCUGCCCACAGUUAUUGAGAGCUACAAAACGGCUGACAAUACGAAUUUGUACAAAACAGCCGACAUUUGCCAGUUGCUAGUGUGCAGUAGGGAGCGCCCAAAGGAUUUCGAUAGGGAGCGUGCCAAAAAAGCCAAGGAGCUGGAUACUGCGCCUGUGUCAAAUUCAGACACAGAGCCCGAGAAGACGCCCCCGAAGAAGGCCGGUAGGCGUGCCGCGAAGCAACCUGCUAAACAGACCGAAAAACCGACCCCAAAGAAGCCUGGAAGACAGCCUAAGAAGCAGACGGGAAAGCAGGCUGGAAAGCAGACUGGAAAACAGGCGGUAAAGUUGGCCGGAAAGCUGGCCGAAAAGCAAGCUGAUGAGCUGGCUGAAGACCAGGCCGAUGAGCUGGCUGAUGAGCAGGCUGGUAAGCCGCUUGGAAAGCAGGCCGGAAAGCAGGCUGGAAAGCUGGCGGGAAAACAAGCUGGAAAGCUGGCUGGAAAACAGGCGGGAAAGCAGGCCGGCAAACAAGCCAAUACGCAAUCUGAAUCGGAUGCUCCCUGGGACGACGACAAGGAAAAUCUGUCGCCCAUUUUGGAGGACACCAGAGAUAUACUAAAAGUGGACGAAAAGUAUCUAUGGCCACACGGUCUGACGCCGCCCUGUCGAAAUCUGCGCCGACGUCGUCUGAACAACGCACUGAAAGAGAAGAACGUAGAGCCGCCCGAGCCAGACAUCCUGCGAGAGGUCAAAUACCUGCUACGCAUGGACAGCGAAGCUGUGCGCGUCGACUACGAAGUUGUCAAUGAGUCGAGCGCGGCAACAGCGUUGAAUCUAUCUGACACCAGCAGCGGCGAUGAGGAAAUGACAGACGAUACAGUGCAAUAACAUUAUUUAUUAAAU